UAGCAAACAACUUCCUUACCACCAUCACCUUGCUAUCCAACGGUAGAAUACCUGCAGCCAUGUCUUCGGCUUCCAUUUCGAGCAAACCGUUGUUGAAAAGGCCAUUAGAUCUUUUCUACAUUACCUAUUUCACCUUCAACGUCAUCACAUUCCUGUUCAUCGAUGGUCAAAACUUUUAUCCAUCUGAAUUGGUUCCUGAAGCACUGAAACGAGUCGUUCAAGACUAUCUCAAAGAUUCCGGUGAUCCGUUCGUUUUGGCUUUACGUGCACAUGAUCGACAGUACAUCUGGUUCGCUACAAGUAUGUGGUCUUCACUUGUGUUUCAGAAUCCUGUUUACCUUUUGAGUAUUUGGGGUUUGUUGAAAGAUGAAAAACGUAUUUACCCAAUCAUGGCUUCUUAUGGUAUGCUUGGUGAGUUUGCAGUAUCCCAGGAGUAUUCUGACUGGAUUCACUGACUCACUCUGUUCUUUUUGACAUAGCCGGUAUCACUACCCUGCAAUGCUUGACUUCCGUCAUUUGGGGCGCUGAUGGUGACAAAUUAAGUGCAAGUCAAGCUUCGUACCUUUUGAAAGCAUACGUGCCUUUUAUAAUUAUUCCGUUCGUCAUGUUCAUCGAUACGACCGUACGAUCUUGGCAGCUGAUCGAAGUUGCC